AUUGAGCAAGUAACAUCAUACAUAAGUUAGAAUUUGUAACGACAGUAUAUCAGGAGUAACGCCGCGUAUCCAGCACGUGAAAGCACGAAAAUCCAAUAACUGACGAUUAGAUCAGAGAAGUCAGGAGCAGAGUUGAGGAUUAAAUAAACAGACAGACACUAAUUUCUACAAGAUGCCUAUUCAAAUCAUGGUAAGCGCUGGAACAGACGGGAAGACACAAUUAGUGGAUGUGGAGCCGGGUGAAAAUCUGUCAUUGCUGUUCCAGAAGAUCUCGGACCGACGUGGGGUAGAAAAACAGUAUUUACAGAUAGUGUACGCAGGGAAAACGUAUCGCCCUGGCGACGCAAAAACCGACUAUAAAACUCUUGCCGACCUGGGCAUGAAGGAUCGGUCCCUCGUACAACUUGUUACCAGGCUACCAGGAGGUCAAUAGGUCAGCCUACGCCACCGGUGAUCCAGGAUUUUUUUUCAAACUUGUGACUUAGACAUAUGACGUCAUCAGUACA